GCUAUCGUCAUUUCUUCCAAGGUUCAUAUUUUCAGGUUUUAAGAAGUCUCGCGUCCAAAAUGUCUAUCGGAGUUGCUAUUAUUGGUAGUGGCAUCUUUGCCCGGGAAGAGCACUUGCCCGUAGCCCGCGCCUCGCCCGAUUUCGCGCUCAAGGCAAUUUAUUCCCGCUCCCUCCAGUCCGCACAGAACCUCGCCUCUGGAGUCGAGGGCGUAGAUCUAUACUCGGAGGAUGCCGGCGCCGGCAGAAGCUACGCGGACCUCCUAGCUCGGGAGGACGUGCAAGCUGUCAUCAUCGCGUUGCCGAUUCUCGCCCAACCCGAGUACAUCAAGCAGGCUCUUUCCGCCGGGAAACACGUCCUGUCCGAGAAGCCCAUUGCCAAGGACCUGGCCACCGCCCAGGAGUUGUUGCAGUGGUACACGGCCAACAUCGACACCAGCAAGACCCUCUGGGCCGUCGCGGAGAACUACCGCUACCUGGCCAAGUUUAUCCGGACCGCCGAAGAGGUCCGCAGAUUGGGCGGCGUGAAGAACUUCCGCGUGAGCGUGCGCAGUCUGAUCAAGACCGACUUCAAGUACUACAAGACGGAGUGGCGGCGGACCCCCGCCCACCAGGGCGGAUUCGUCCUGGACGGCGGCAUCCACCUCGUCGCGGGCCUGCGACUGAUUCUCGGCGAGCAGGAGGCGCUGGCCUCCGUGUCCGCGCAGUCGAGUCUCCUGCAGGAGUAUCUGGCGCCCGUGGACACCGUGGACGCCGUGGCGCAGACGAAGUCCGGCGCCUCGGGCGCCAUCACCAUGUCGUAUGGGUCGGCGUUCAACGACUUUGUAUUCGAAUUCGACUGCGCGCAGGGUGCGGUGACGCUGAAUUUCGACCGGGUCACGGUCAACGGGGAGGACUUCGAGGUGCCGUUUGAGGGCCGCGGAGUGAACCACGAGGUGGCUGGGUUCGCGGCAUCGAUUCGGGAUGGUGCGGUGCAGGCGCUGUUGCGGCCGGAACAGGCGCUGGCGGAUUUAGAGAUGGUCCUCGCAAAGAAGCACGUCCCCAUCGUCAAGAAGCGCACCAAGCGUUUCUUCCGCCACCAGUCCGACCGCUUCAAGUGCGUGCCGGAGUCAUGGCGCAAGCCCAAGGGUAUCGACAACCGCGUCCGUAGACGCUUCAAGGGCAACAUCCCCAUGCCCUCGAUUGGUUACGGAAGCAACAAGAAGACCAAGCACAUGAUGCCCUCCGGCCACAAGGCUUUCCUCGUCCACAACCCCAAGGAUGUCGAGCUUCUUCUCAUGCACAACCGCACCUACGCUGCUGAGAUCGCCUCCGCCGUCUCUUCCCGCAAGCGUGUCGACAUCAUUGCCAAGGCCAAGGCUCUCGGCGUCAAGGUCACCAACCCCAAGGGCCGUGUCACCACUGAGGCUUAAAUGGAUUUUUUUUACUAUAAAGCAAAAAAGAAGAGAACCUAUUUAUGGAAUGAUAAUACCAUGAAUACCAAUACCAAUAUCAUCUCCAUGAAUAUUUCUUCUUUAAAAAAUCCAAAAAGGGAAAAAAGCGAGCAUUGUCCGGGUAUCGCGGGUAUCAUCUGGGGACUUUUUUUUUCUUUUGACAUGAAGUGAUGAUAUAUGCGUUCCUGAAUGGGGACGGACGGUGGGCUGUGCUUGUCGUUUACCUCUAUUCAGGGAACCUGGAUGGUGGUUUGUUUUCUUUUCGAAGUAUGGGGGGCUUGGCUUGGCUUGGCUUGGCUU